CACACCCCCAUGUACUACUUCCUCUCCCACCUGUCCUUUAUAGACAUCUGUUUCACCUCCACCACUGUCCCAAAGAUGCUGGUGAAUAUAGUGACUCAAACCAAAGUCAUUACCUAUGAAGACUGCCUCACCCAGAUGUACUUUUUCCUACUAUUUGUGCAGUUGGACAUCUUCCUUCUGACCGUGAUGUCCUAUGACCAUUUCAUAGCCAUCUGCUACCCCCUGCAGUACACACUCAUCAUGAAUCCUAUUCUCUGUGGACUGUUGGUGCUUAUAUCCUGGGUGAUAGGUGCCCUGAAUUCUUUGCUACAAAGCUUACUGGCAUUGCAGCUGUCUUUCUGUACAGUGUUGGAAAUCCCCCACUUUUUCUGUGAAUUCAAAGAGGUGAUCCAACUUGCCUGUUCUAACAUCUUUCUUAAUAAUGUAGUGAUGUAUUUUGCCAUUGGGUUUUUUGGUGGUGGUCCAUUCACUGGGAUAUGUUACUCAUACUCUAAGAUAGUUUCUACCAUACGUGGAAUCUCAUCAACUCAGGGGAAGUAUAAAGCAUUUUCCACUUGUGCAUCACAUCUCUCGGUUGUCUCCUUAUUUUAUUGUGCAGGCUGUGGAGUGUACCUUAGCUCUGCUGCUACUCACAGCUCACACUCAAGUGCAACAGCCUCUGUGAUGUACACUGUGGUCACACCCAUGCUGAACCCCUUCAUCUACAGUCUGAGAAACAAAGACAUAAAGAGGGCUCUGAAGAGGCCUCUUUUCAGGCCAAGUUAA